AUGCGCCCUGCUGGCCCUGCAGUCCUGCUGCUCCUGCUGCUGGGUGAGCUCUUGGGGUUGUGCGGGCGACGUAAAUACUCGAGUCGCAUCGUGGGUGGCCAGGACGCUGCCGCCGGGCACUGGCCAUGGCAGGUCAGCCUCCGCUUGUCCAAUGACCAUGUCUGUGGAGGGUCCCUCAUCAGCGAGCGCUGGGUCCUGACAGCAGCACACUGCAUAAAAAAGUCCUGGGUGUACACAUACAGUGUGUGGCUGGGAUCCCACAAGCUGGACCGCUCCAGUGGUGGUGUGGUCUACUAUGUGUCCCAGAUCAUCUUCCAUCCUGAACGCAAAAGCAACACCACCGCAGACAUCGCCUUGCUGAAGCUGGCCUCCCGGGUCACCUUCACUCCUCUCAUCCUGCCCAUCUGCUUGCCCAAUGUGAUAAAGCAGCUGACAAUCCCAGCCUCCUGCUGGGUGACCGGAUGGGGAAAAACCAACGAAAUAACAGAUACUUACCCUUCUACCCUCCAGGAAGUUGAAAUACCUGUUUUUAACUACCAGGCUUGUGAGAGACUCUAUAACCCUGUUGGCAUCUUCUUCCCAGAACUGGAUCCAGCCCUCGAGGAAGACAAGAUUUGUGCUGGUGAUGUUAAAAAAAAUAAGGAUAGCUGUGUGGGCGAUUCUGGAGGGCCUCUGUCAUGCCAUAUAGAUGGUGUGUGGAUCCAGAUAGGAGUGGUAAGCUGGGGAGGGAAAUGUGGCCAGUACCUUCCUGGGGUCUACACCAACGUCAGCUACUACCGAACGUGGAUUAAUGCCACUGUCUCAAGAGCUGAAGGGCUGGGUGCCAACCAUCUGGACUUACCUGCCUUCUUGUUCCUGGCUGCACUACUCUCUCUGGCUCUCCUGGGCCCCUCCUGGGCCUCUGGGCCUAUCCUGAUGCCAGGAUGAAGGGAAGAGGUGCAGCUGCUGGGGUCGGCGGAGCGGACAGGACCAGGAGAAUCCAGCGACGACCCACAAGGAGUUCCUGGGAAUCCCAGAUGACUUUAUUUGUCAUUUUAAAUGAUUGUUUUGAAGGUUCCUGAUUCUGUAAGUGUGUGUGAGUGGCUAGAGUGUGAACAGCUAAGAAACAAGGCUGCCACUUCUGUGCAUGCUUUCUUUAUCCUUAACUUAUGUGUCUUGCGUGGCAGGAAGAAUGCACUCUACGAAAAAAAUUUGUGCAUACAAAUUAAAGUGCUACUUAGAAAGGCAGGCAAGGCAAGAGUAUCUGGGAUGGCAGAAGGGAAA